UCCAGACAUUUUUGAGGAGAUUGAAGAAGACGGCGGGGGUGAAUGGGAGUACACAUCGGACUGCAAAUGGCCACGCUCCGAAGGCGCGACAACUUCAGAGCCAGCCCCCCAGUCUGCCAGAUACAUAAUUGUGUCGACUAGGGAAUCUUUCCGCUCCCGAGUAUGGGAUGUUGUCUACGAGAAUGACCCAAAAUUAAGAAACUGAAAAGCGACUACGCGAAGAAAAGAAAUCCCCGAUACACCAGACAAAACUAUGCAUCAAGGCAAGAAAUUAGAGAGGCAACUGGGGACACCCUCAAGAGGAAGUGUAGCUCGGACGGCUUUCAGAGCUAUCAAACUAUUCGAAGUGCUACAUGGAUGCAGCAAAAAUGGCAAGUCGCACAAGAUUACAAUGAUGGCAGAGAUGAUCUUCGCGUCUCUGGUUGUAUUCGAUGAACUACACACCGCUGGAAACAGGAAUACGCAAACGUACACGCAUAUUCUAGAACUAUUCCAGCGAAUGAUGAGCCCAGAAUCGAGACCUGCUGUUAUUGGCAUCACCGGCUCCCCCCUGGCUUCUGGUAUUGAUGUCGUUAUGACAUUUGCGGACAAGGCACUUCGCAGAGAAGAUGCAGAAUGGAAGAAAAGCAACGACGGGGCGAUUGAGGCGAUCAAACACUUGAACACCAGUGAGAUUCAAACAGCCUGGAAGGAGUUUGAUAAACGAGUCCGACUUCAAGCAACAACCACAAAGAAGAUCUCCGUGAAAACAAUGAUGGAUGAAGACGAGAAGAUGCAGAAACUUCUACGAACUUUUGGUUACAUCAUAGGCACAUAUGGCAUAGACCGAAACCAUGAGUCUGUUGACCCGUGGGCGAAGCCGUUGCGUCUGCUUGAUCUAUGCGAGUUGAAUGUUCAAUACUGCGCUCUGAAGUACGAUCCUGAUCACCAUAGAACACUUCAAGAGGUGGAAGACGGGCUGAAGACCAAAGAGAAAGAAGCAAACGAGCAAGCAAAACUCAAGUGGGAAGAUGAAGGAGGUAUACUUUCGGGGAAGCCCAAACCCAAACCGAAGAACGCCGCUCAAUUGGACGCUGCCGCUUACAACUCUGCGUUGAAGGUGGCAAGCUUCCCAAAUAUCUUCAAAGCCAUUCGAAAAUAUCAAGAAGACCAUCCAGAUCGGCCGGUAGUGAUAGGAGCUACUGUGGAAUGGGGUGACAGCCUAGGGAACGACAACAAAAUGAUUCACAGCAUUGUGGACCAUCCGGAAUCUAUUCAAUCUUCCUGGAUCGUCGAAUGUAUUGAUGAUAUCAUAGAAGGUUCAGCCAAGAUGGAUAUGAUCUUUGAGGCAGUCAAUCGAGCGUACAACGAAAAGUCAGCCAUACCACAUCCAGACGAGAAGCGCCACCGAGGAGAGCAACUUGUAUUUCGGUCCAAGUAUUGCCUAGGCAGCAGCAAUCGCCUAGAAAAGGCGAUUGUCUAUUGUGCACUUGGUCGAACAUACGGCUAUAGGAACAUUGCCUUUGUCUCGGGUAACGGCAAAAAAUAA